AAAGCGCCAACGAAUGUGGAUCUGGUUCUCUCGUUUCUGUUUUGCUCGUAGAUAAAAUUCCAUCUUCUGAUUUUCUGAAACAUAGAAACGAAGGGUCACGAACUUCCCCCCUAUCGCUUCCUCCCUCCUCACUCUCGCUUAGCGAUAAGCUUGGGGUAGAGUGGUCAUGGAUAGGCUCAGUGCUUCUGCUCGUCUUAUGAUAGUGUCUGAUCUUGAUCAUACCAUGGUUGAUCAUCGUGAUGCUGAGAACGUAUCUUUGCUUAGGUUUAAUGCAUUGUGGGAGGCAAAUUAUCGACAUGAUUCUCUGCUGGUUUUCUCCACUGGGAGGUCACCUACACUUUACAAACAGUUGAGAAAAGAAAAACCCAUGUUGACUCCAGAUAUAACCAUAAUGUCUGUGGGAACUGAGAUAACAUAUGGGGACUCAAUGGUGCCAGAUGAUGGUUGGGUUGAAUUUCUGAAUCAGAAAUGGGAUAGGAAUGUAGUCAGGGAGGAAACCAACAAAUUUUCUGAGCUUACUCUUCAGGCAGAAACAGAGCAGAGACCACAUAAGGUCAGCUUUUAUGUUGACAAGAAUAAGGCUCAUGCAGUGACGAAGGAGCUUUCAGAGUGUUUGGGAAAACGUGGGUUGGAUGUUAAAAUAAUCUACAGUGGAGGAAUGGAUUUGGAUAUAUUACCGCAAGGUGCAGGCAAAGGGCAAGCUCUGGCAUAUUUACUCAAGAAGUUUACAUCAGAGGGAAAGCGACCUUCUAACACUCUUGUUUGUGGUGAUUCUGGUAAUGAUGCUGAACUGUUCAGCAUUCCUGAAGUAUUUGGAGUGAUGGUCAGCAAUGCUCAAGAAGAACUAUUGCAAUGGCAUGCUGAAAAUGCUAAAAAUAACCCUAAAAUAAUCCAUGCAACAGAAAGAUGUGCAGCUGGGAUCAUACAAGCUAUUGGUCAUUUUAACCUUGGUCCAAAUACUUCUCCAAGAGAUGUCACUGAUUUUGAGGAAUGUAUUUUGGAAAAUUCUGGUCAUGAAGUAGUGAAAUUUUACCUGUUCUAUGAGAGAUGGAGGCGUGCAGAGAUUGAGAAUUGUGAGACAUAUAUGUCAAGUCUGAAAACUUCUUGCGAUGCAUCUGCUGUAUCAGUCCAUCCAUCUGGUGUUCAGAAAACUCUUCAUGAACGCAUACAUGAAUUGAAAGGGUGGUAUGGAGACAAGCAGGGGAAAAAGUUCAGGGUUUGGGUGGAUCGUGUAUUAUCUACACAGAUUCGUUCAAGUACAUUUCUGGUGAAUUUUAACAAGUGGGAGCAAUGUGGUGAUGAGCGGUACUGUUGUGCAACCACGGUGAAGAUAAAUGCAAAGGAGGGUGAUGCUUCGCAUGGGUUCACCUGGAUGCAUGUACAACAGACGUGGUUGGAAGGAUUAGAAAUGAAAGACCAGUCAGCCUGGUUGUUCUAGAUCAAAAUUAUGCCUCAUCUCUUGGCUUCAGGGAAUUCAGUAUUCUAUUGAAAUAAAUGUAUUAAUGAUUUUAAUCUUUUUUUUUUUCCUUAUAUUUCAAACAACUACAGGAAAUCAGAAAUUAUUCCCUUGGUGGAUGCUUAUAAUCAAAUAAUUAUGUAUUAAUGAUAACAACUCAAACUUGAG